GAAAUCGAUCAAAACGAAAGGGAGACGCGUACAGUGUGCAUAUAGCAUGAUGGAAACUUUGAUAUUAACUACGGCAAUAUCAUUGUCAUUGAUGCUGACCUGUUGUUGUACGUAAUACUUACUACGUACUCAUUCUAUGAAUGAAAAAUUAUAGAAAUUAUUUUGGAACAAGACAGGCUUAAGAACUUUCCAGUUUCGUUGAUAAACCUAAAUUGCAUUCAAUUUAAUUCUAAAUAAAAGUAUCUAGAAAAAUAUAUUUGAGGAAAUGAGUGUAGAUACAACACAUUUUGCUUCAUGACUGAUCGACUGCAAAUUUGGGGGUAAUAAAAUACAAGAAUAUAACUAGUUUCUACAAAUUUUUUUGUUUUACCAAUGUCGACAAUAUCUGCUUGUUCAAAUAAGUUAACAAAUGAACGUCAUAGUGGGAAUAUAUCGACUUCACUGAUUGAAAACUUUAAUAUACAUCAUCAUGGUGUUCACAGUAAUCAUCAUCAACAUGACAAUACUUUAUAUCCAAUGAAUCACAUGGCUACACCAAGUCCAUCUCCUUUUUCAAAUGAAAACUCAUCUGAACAACGUCGUCAAAAUACAUCGUUACCCGCACCGCAUUUAUUGUUGCAAUCGAAAUCAGAUUAUUCACGACCAUCUGUGUUAAAUACACACAUUCAUAAUAGUAACAAUAAUAAUAGUAAUAGUAUUAAUCGUGCUAACAAUUCAUACUGUACAUCAAAUAGUUUAAACUAUUCAAAUAAUUCAGAGGCUGUGAAUUUGAAUCAUUGUGAUCAAACUAUGGAGAUUAAACAACCAUAUAUUAAUACAACAACACCUACUACUACAAUCACUAGUACUGCUGUUAGUGUUACGAAUAAUUAUCAUAAUGGUACAAGAAAUAAUUACAUUUAUCAACGUACUAAUUUACUGAAUUCUCAAUAUGAUCAGUUGACUGAUUCUAUAGCCUAUAAUGAUAGUAAUAAUAAUGAUAACAAUAAUAAUGAAUACAUGAAUUAUUCAAAUAUGCCAGAAAGUGAAUUCGGACAUUGGAAUACUAGUUCUCUUACAGAUGAUUUGAAAAUCAACUCUAGAUCAGGAUUUCGUCCUCAUCUGAUUGAUGAUACUCAACAAUUGUCGUCAUGUGUAAAUGGAUUUCCAGUAUUAUCACCUACUGGGAAUACAACAGUUUUCUCAAAUAUGAAUCGUUGUCCAACAACUUGUCCAACACCAAGACAUGACGAUCAUUCAGGACAUCAAACGGGAUCUCAUAUAACUGCAGGUAGCCAUACACAACAUCAUGCAUUUCAAGCUAGUGGAUAUUGCAAUAUUGGAGAUAAUAUUUAUGAGAAUAGAACACAUAGCCCAUCUAAUUUGACUUGUGGACAAAAUAUACUUCACUCAAGAAUCAAUUGUGAUGUAAAGAAUCCACCCCAAGUUUCUAAUCGUUCUUCACGUAGUGCCUCCACACCAACACGAUUAUUGGUUGUUUCAACAGCAAGUCCGGUGACAAGUACAAUUACCAUGACUCCUGAUUCUUCAACUAUAGGUUUUUCAGGCAAUAAAUUUGGUUGUUCAUCAGAUGAUGGUGAAGCAUCACCGACGCCGACAUGUAGCAGUGGCUGUCCACAAACUCCAGGAAGAACAAGAAAACCUGCACCUACAUUAGCUACUGGGCGAAGAAAUCUGAAAGGCGAACUAGUUGAUCCAGAUGAAGCAGAUCGUCGAAUGAAACGACGUGAACGAAAUCGUAAAUCUGCACAAAAAUGUCGUGAACGUAAAGUUCAACGAACACAAGAAUUACAAUCACAAGUUGAAUGUUUACAAUUAGAAGCUAGUAGAUUAAUGCAAGAAUUAGAAAGUUGGCGUUCACGAGCAAAACAUUGUGUUAUAUUAUUACAACGUCAUUGUCCUGGAGUUGCUGUACCAUAUUUGUCAUGUUUAAAUGAAGUACCAGUAUGUUUAAAUAAUUUCAAAGAGCCUAUAGAUGAUUUAAAUGAUUUAUUAACAUCAGACAAGAAUAUGGAUUGUGAAAUUCAACAUUAUGAAUGGAAGACAAAAGCACUUGGGAAAACGUACACUAUAAAUGAAGUAUCAGAUGAAAAUUUCAUCUCUAAUGAAUCGUCAUCAUUACUUCCUCCAGUUAAUUUGUUACAUUCCCAUAUAACACCAAAUAGAUCAAAAUCUUUAUUUGGUUUCUCUUCAAAUAAUUCUGUAAAAGACAAUGAAAGUCGCAUUUUUACACAAAAUUCUGAAUCUAACAAAGUGUCAACUCUUAAUCAAGAAGAUCAUGAUAUCUCAGAUUCUAUGUUAAUUCCAAUGUCAAGAAGUACUUCACAAGUAUCUGUACGUGGUCCAGCCUCUGGUUCAUCAUCGUCAUCAUGCUCCACUUAUGAAUUAUCAUUUCCUUCAUUGGAAAAUAACUCUCAUAGUUUAAGUGAAGCUAUUACAUUUAAAGAUUAUUCACAACCGAAUCUUAUAUCGAUUUUAGGCUCAAGAGAUAGAUCACGUCUAUUAAGUGGACAAGAUCUGUUAGAUAACAAUUCAACAAUAAUCAUGACAAAUAAAUCAAUCUCAGUCGGAAAUAGUACAGGGAAUAAUGACAGUAAUGGUGGUAAUAGUAAUAAUAAUCAACAAACAUGGGGCUUGGAAUAUCAUGAAUCAUCUGGGAAUAAAAAUAAUUCAAUGGAUUGUUCUAGUCCUUUAUCACCACUACCGACCACAUCUUCAACAAAUGUAACACUUAACCAAUUUCAAAAUAAUAGGGAAUAUCAAAUAAAAAUGGAGUCGAACUGUUAUGAUCCGCCUAGUAACAGUAGUAGUAACAAUACACAAAUGUCAAGUAAGACAUAAAACAACCAGAAGACAAUAAUCCGUUCUUGUUACUUGUCACUGAUUUAUUGAUUUACAGUAUUGAUGCUUCUAAUAGUACCAGGAUUUGAAGAGAAAUGAAGACAAUUCUAAACUGUAAUGUUUUUUUCCAAUCGAACAUGCAUAUGUUUCUCAUAGGACACUUCACUGAAAACUUCGUUAAUUCAACGUGGAUUCAUUCAUUGUUUUUUUUAAUUAGGGAAAACAAGUAAAAUUCUUGACAUUUUACAUUGUUUUUGUCAACAUUUUUUAAUAUCAUUUUUAUCUCAAUAGGUUUAUUCAUAAUGUUGUCGAUGAUGGAUGAUAGUUCAGGGAAUCCGAAUUUUUUCUCCGUUAUAAUUUUUUUUUCGAGACAUUUUCACUUGUCCACUUCUUUUUAAAGCGCCAUUGCAUCUAUUUAUUACUCAUUCUAACACAUUACUAUUGUUAUCACAACAGUAGUAUUAAUAUGAUUUUUUUUAAAAACUGCUUAAUAACAUUACUCUCAUUACUAAUACAAUUCCUGAUAUUACUGAUACUUUCCAUUAGUAGUAUUAGUUGUACGUUGAAUUUUUUCUUUUUCUAGUAUAUUGAAACAAAGUCGGUGACUACAUAGAACGUUUCCGGUGAUAACGGAUAAUAGGUAUUUCAACAAAAUUGCUUAACAUUUUGAUAAACACUUUUUUGUACGCUGUAUUUUCUUCCAAUCCAGUCAAAAUUAUUUGUAUUCACAGUAAGUAAGUUAUGUAGUGCUGUGAGGUGAUCCUGUUGGCUGAAAUUAUUCAGAAAUACAUCAUAUAAAAUAAGCAUUCAUAUACACAUAUAUGGGACAAUGGCCAAUUCAGGAAGGCAGCUUUGCUGUCAAACUUCUCUCAAGCAUUCAUAAGUUUAGCCUACUAUUACAAAUACUACUGUUAGUGAUCUAUUCGAUUACAUUAAGUAGUAUAUUCACAACGUACAAGACGGUGAAGUUGAAGUCAUUACUAACAUUCAAACCGGUUGUUGUUUGGCUUUACUUAUGUCUCGGUUGUUCCCUUUUGUAACAGUUUUUUUCUACAGUAACUUUUUUUUGUUAAAGGAAGUUAUUUCUUAUUGUGUUAUCUAAUAUUUACUAUUGGCUACUAAUGUUAAUUUCAUAAUUUUCUUGUUAUUACCAGUGUACCGCUUACACUAUCCAUUAUUAUUAUUAUCUGCUGUUUAUAUACUGACUUAUUUAGUGAUUUUGAAAUGUAUUCAUUAAAACAUGAAUAUUCCACGUAGUGCCUAAAAGCCCUACUCCUUACAUCUUCCUGAUACCAGUGCAAUGAUAAUAUUUAUACAUUACGCAUGUACGCUGCUUUUGUUAACACAUACAUACUAUUCAAAUGGAUUAGUAAUUAGUAUAUUAACUUAUACUGAAAAAGUGUUUCAUUAUUUUAUUCACAAUAACUUCGAUAUUAUAAUUAUUAUCGUUAUUUAAUCGGUUUCUAUUUUCUUUUUCUUGUGAUGUUUCUAUUCCUCUUCAUUAUUAUUGUUUUAAUCUAGCAAAUCUUAAAUUGUAAACAUCGGUGAAUUUUUACUACACUUCAAUUUAGUAAUGAUUUUAUUACUAUCAUUAUUAUUACAAAAAUACACACAUAUUUAGCUCAAUUAUUCUCAAAUGAUUUAUUUGUUAAAUUACUUGUUACGGUCUUGAUUUUUGAAAAGAAGUUAUGAUAUUUGAAAUGGUGAUAAUACAAUAGGGGGGAAGAUAUUGUUUCUCUCUUUCUUACUUUCAUUCUUUCAUCAUUUAGUUGAUCUAAUAAUCAACUAUUCGGUCUGUUCAUUAUUUCAUUGUCUUGAUCAUUAUGGGUUUUAUUGAUUUUGAAUUGCUUUUUUUCCUGCCUUCAUUUAUAAAAAAAAGUUGAGCAUUAUUGCUAAUUAAAUAAUUUACUUAUUUAUUCAUUUAUUAAUUAAUUAAUAACAUUAUUAUUUGGUAUCAUUGUUAUUAUGACACUGUUAUUCAUUUUGAGUUUUUCGUAAACAGUAAAUUAAUUAAUUAAUUAAACACUAUUCAUGGAUAAAAUGGUUGAAAAUCAAGU